GCCUGAACCCACGUUAGAGUUGUAAACAUUUCACUUUCCUAGCGUAUAACUCAGUGAAAUGGCUCCGACAGACCAGAAAACGAAGAAUAAUAAGUUUGCACGCAAAGACGGAAACUGGAAGAAAUCAAAAAAUAUCGCUGCUGGUGUGAAUAAGAAAAGGAAAUGGACUCCGGACAACAAAGUAUUUGAGGGCAGUGUUAAAGAAGGUCAAGGGUUUGCUAUUAAGAGGAAAGAGAGAGUCAGACAUGAGUACAACAAGCUGCUGCGGAAAGAGAGAAAGAAGAACCCUGAGUCCACGUCGCUGUACAAGGAGGAGUACCCUGAACACCUCAAACAUCUGUACAUGGCCGAGGCAGAGAAACUGAAGAACGAGGCCUGGACAAACAGAGUGAACAGAAGUAAACUGAGAAUGAAAAAGCAGGAGAAGGAAGAAGAAACACCUGAAAGUGAUGCACCCACACAACGGACUGAAGCUGCUGAUCCAGAGUCAAACGUUAACAGUGGAUCUGAGCAGACGGAUUCUGUUUCUGGAAACCUUGAGCCAACAAGAGCAGGAGACAAAGAAAGUCUUCCGAUGAGCAACCGCAUGAAGAAAAAAAUGCUGAAGAAGACGUCCUACCAGAAGACAAAAGAGGAAUUUGAGAACACACAAGAAAAGCGAAAACAGAAGAAGGAGGACUUCCUGAAGAACAAGCAGCAGAGAGAUGAAGCUAUUGAAAAGUACAAACAGAAAAAGAUGGACACUUUUCAGAUGCUGAGCAAAAAGACCAAAAAAGGACAGCCAAAUCUGAACCUUCAGAUGGAGUAUUUGCUUCAGAAGAUCCAGAGAACUGAUAAAUGACUCUUUAAGGAACAGUGUGUAGGAUUUAGUGGCAUCUAGCAACGAGGUUGCAGAUUGAAACCAACUGAUAACCCCUUGCCCUUCAAGUGUGGACGAGAACCUACUGUAUGGCCCUCUCUAGAGCCAGUAUUGGUUUGUCUGUUCUGGGCUACUGUAGAAACAUGGUGGUGCAACAUGGUGGGCUCUGUGGAAGAUGACACGUUCUCCAUUUAGAUAUAAAGGGCUCGUUCUAAGGUAAUGAAAACACAGUAAUUCUUAUUUUCAGGUGUUUAUAGACUAAUGAAAACAUACUUCUGAAUAUUAUAUUCCAUUUCUGCUAACAGAUCCCCCUAAAUUUUACACACUGGUCUUUUAAAUCAGAGCUGAUACUGGGGAAUAAGUAGAGUGGAACUUGUAUAUAUUUUACUUUGCUAUCAAUAACUGAAUGGCAAUCAUUGACCAGUUUGCCUCUGGGCUUAACAAGCUUGUGGUCGUUACAUUUGUUCACUGAUUUUACUUUCAUAAUGUGAUUUUGCAGUAUAUGUUCCAGCAAAUUUAAUGCUACGGCCAAUUUUAAUGUCAGACCACAAGAUGGCAUUGUAAGAUAUGAAGAGAUGGAGA